GUAAGCAGUGUUUUAUGGCUUUUUUUCUUCUAAAAAGAGACAACUUUGCGCGUAUCAUCUACGCGGGUCUGUUUCUCUGCCUUGUACUGCACCGAGUAUUUAUCAUUGAAAAGUUAGUUAACACCGGGACCACAGUUUGUAACAUGUGUCCAACAGGAGUACUCCAUCUUUGCUUCGCGCACCCCAUCGUCGUCCAUCUCCCACUCCCCAAAUGCACCUUCCUGUUUCUUUAACUCUACAACAACUUUUUUUUACAAAUAUACUCUCUCACAAAUAGUAAUCGUAUUUUAUCAGAAGAAAAGUCACUUUUUAUAUAAUUCUGGAUAAACAACUAGUCGAAUUGCACGAAAGCUUAGAGCAUGGAACUUGUAUGAGUUGAUUUAUGUUAAAAGUAUCUAUAUAAGAUGAUAUUGAAAUUUAAGCCGCCGAUUUUAUAUUAUAAGAGAAAUUAAUGCUUAAAAUCUAUUUUGUAGGACUUUUCUCUAGUCUAAUACAAUUACUAUUCUUAAACGGAUUCGUAAACAUAGGAAGUAUGCGUCAACUUACCAUACACACACAUGCAAUUCCAAACUUUUAACUCAGUAGUUUAGUUUUUCAUAUACCGAAAAUUAGGCACAACCUACUCAGGCUUUUGAGGUUUAUGGAAGGAUUUCCAUAUUUUGCAAGUGGAUACAUGCUAUGGUUGUUUGGUAAGUUCUAGCUUCAUAUUCAAGAUGGAGUUGCCUUAUAUAUACAUGUGAUGGCAAAGGGGUUGCACUAUGUUUGCAGUGGCAGAGCCAGACCAAAUCGAAGCCUAGGCACCACUGGUGGGGGGGGGGGGGGGAGGGGUGGCGAUGCCGGGCCUAGGCCAGAUGAUGCAGGCGACCAUAGCUGGCUCACAUCCCCUCUCCAUCGACCAUGCUCAAGUUCGUAGACAGGUGCCUUUCACCCAUCGCCACCGUCCCUAGCACUCGGGAGCCUAUCAUCGGUACCCUCCCCACUCACGACGACCACAAGUCCAAGGGGGUGAGACAACAACAUGCCACCAAGGUAAUUGUUCUAGAGGUACACAACCACUUCUUGCGUGGCCAUUUCUGAUGCAAAUCAUAGCUUCCCUCGCUGUUGUCAAUCGAGAGUAGGACCUUGGUAUCAAGGUGAUGCACGAGCGGAUGCCCUUGUUUAGACACUUCUAGCCGCACGACGAGAGAUUGUAGUGAUCUACAAGGUUCAAGUCUGGUGUCUGGCCCUUGCUAAACUUGAAGACGAAGGCGAGGAUGACGAACUUGUAGUUCCUGGAUACACACAUAUUUAACAGGCACCAAUGGAGCCAAUCUUAGGCACAUGCCUAGAUAGGGCAAGCCCUGCCUCCACCUAUGUGUGUUUGAACUUGUUGUCUUGGUUGUUCGCUGGUACACAAACAUUAUCACCAUUGGCUCCCACUGCAGCCAAGGAUGAAAGUGGGUGGUGAUGAUCAUAUUUAGAACCUCCAGAUGGAAACCGGAGGUGGAAAUCAAUUGAAAAGUGGAAAAUAAAGCCAUCUCCAACAACUAUAAUCGUCACCUAUGCCUUAUAUCGGUUGUGCCUACGUCACUAGUAACUAAAGCUAAAAUCGACACUAGGAGAGGAAUGGGUGGACCUCCACCUGAUCCACCACACAUGAUGUUGCAUGUCCGUCCAAUGCACUUCUGCUAGAUUCCAUCAUGCAAGGCGGUCAUCAUGCAUAGGGGUCAUCGUGUCAGGCAUUCUAUUGGGCCAAUGUCAUAGGGAGGAAGAGAGACGCCAUGAUAGGGAGAGUUCGUCCUUCAUAUGAGAGAGAAAUGUGGGGAACACAGAGGAUAGAGAGAAGGUGGUAUGACCAAGGAUCUACAUGCUUCACACACAUACAUUUUCAAUGUGACACGCAAGCGCUUGCACAUGUUUCACCCCCUAUUAGCCACCUAAAGAGAACACAGACAUUGAGGGGAGAUACAUACACAUGCUUCUUUGAGCACAUCUUUUCAUUGUAAACUCUUUUCAUGAACUAGAUUUUGAUGACUGAUUGUAUUCCAAACAAGUGAUCAUAUAUUAUUAAAAUGUUUUUAUAAAACAACGGUGAAAAUGCUAUUAAAGAAAUACUAUUUAUGUAGUAGUGUUUGUAGAAGUUAGAAGAAAAUAAGCAUUGGUGUACAUAUCUUUGCAAGAGGUAUGAGGCAGAAGUUAGAAAAUGAUGGGCUUGCAAGAGAACCACACAUGUCGAACUUCUUUAUCGAGUGCUUCUUAUGGAAGUAAAUGUUAUCCUUUGUUGUUAUGUAUAUAUGUCUUGCCUUAUAAAACACGUGAGCAUUUAACCAUCUUAAUUUAUGCUUGGCCUUGUCGUGGGGAUGUGUCAACAAGAUACACAUCACGACAUUCUCAUGGGCCUAGUUUGUGAGGGUGCAUGAAGCCCACUUUUAUCAUUGGACACUUACCACAACAUGAGACCAACAAAAUUAUGAUAUACUUAACAAGGCUCCCAUCAUGGGAUAAGAAACCAUAAAAUAUUAUGGCCACUUUGUAUAUAUUUAGUGAUCUCGAUUAAUUUACUAUGUUGACCAAACAUAGACUUAUGCACAAAACCUAACUAUUAACCCAGCCGCUAGAUAGUUAAGUAGAAAACAUUUGCGAAAUAGGGAGAAAUAAUAUUAGUAAAUGAAAUUAGAUUUAAAAUGACGCGGAACUGGAUUUGGUGGAGUAUGAAUUGUUGUACUCAAAAUUAGGACGGAAGGAGGGGUGGAAUAGGAAUAAUCUCAUGAAUUUUAGAUUACUAAUGCUUCCUAUAUAUAAAAAAAUGGAAAAGAGAUCAUGUCUAUAAACUUAUGGUCAAAGGUGAUAUCAAUCAAGAAUUUGAAAUAGUUGCAUUAAUAGAUCUAAUUUACAUUUUGUUGAAUUUCAAUCUAUCACUUAUUACUUUAGAUGAGCUCCUGCCAUCGAUUCUGAAAGAAAAUUUUAUUUUCGUCCAUAUAAAGUGUGUGGAAUCAAAUUUUGACCAAUAAGCUAGAAUCAUUGAAGCCUACUUUGAUGCAUCGUUCGAUGGCGAUUCAGAAAACUUUGCUCCAUGUACAUGUCUGCUUGUAGUAUCAAGAUGAACUAUUUGUUUUUUCUCUUGCCAUUUUAAAUGUUAAUACUUUUAUUUCACUUUACAUCACAUGUUCUUGGCAUUAACAAUUUAAUGGAAGGUGUUAACAUAUCAACCUACUUCAGAUGUAGCUUGCCUAUACCAUUCUUUGAGAAGAUACCCAUAAUAUCCAUUGAUAAUUUAGCAGUUUAUUUACUUAAUAGGGCUAUGUUUUCUUUAUUCUAAUGGGUUCUACCUUCUAGACAACAAAGAAGAUCCUCCAAAUACAAUGAGGGAAUGACAAUACAUAAUUUUAAAAAUGGAACAUUUUUGUGUUUUAUUAAUGACAUAUUUUUGAUUACUUUGAAAGCACAUUAUUAAUUGUGCAACAUAAUCAUAACACACUCCUUGUUGCUCUUGCUUUUAUCAAGUUCAAGGAAGCAUUAGUAAAUAAUAUGUUACACCAAGGCACCCUAAUGAGGACAAUAUUCGCUCAUAAGUUUGUGGAAAGAGGUGGGGAUUAUGUUGAUAUAGUUCCUCCAAUCCACUAUAAGUAUACAAAUUGGGGUAUUUCAUUCAUCAAGAAUAACCCAAAAAUAAGUUAUUAAAUACUCUUGAUAGCACAUGAGCACGAUGUCCAUUAAUCGUCAACGCAAUAAGAAUUCGAGUGACAAUGUUGCUUAUGUGGACUCGAGUAUAACCUAUUUACACUAAGUUAACUAUUUACUGAUUUAGUACUUUUAAUUCUGGUCUACGCCAAGCCUCGAUACAUAAUAUGAUAUACUUAGACAACUGUGUAAGAUGUUGUACAAGCAUAUGUACAAUUCCAGUAGUAGUGUUAUGUGUAAGGGAGGCUCUAGGACACACAUAUUGAGUAUGUUUUACUCCUAGGUGUGUGUGUGUGUGUGGAAGUUGUAGAAAAAGAGAUCUCUUAUAUUAGACGACACCAACAAACCAAUAUUGUAUGUGGUAUGUGAUGACACAAGCAUUAUAUCUACAAAAUAGGGUGUUUUUCUUUCCUUGACUAGCAAAAGAAUGCUAAUAAUAAGCCACCAAACAAAUAUAUUGCUUUGUUCAUAAUGAAAAUAAAGGAUACCAUAAAUUUGCCAACAUUGUAUUCCUUCUAGUAAGCAAUAUUGUUCAUAAUUAACCUUGAAUGUAAAUUUGGAAAUUCCUUUCAACAUUUAGAGUGUAGCUACUCCUUUGUCUAUAUCUCAAAUUUUAGGUUGCAUGUAACCAGAUGAAAUGUAUACAUAAGGACUAUGUGACAAUACUAGAUCAUUGAUGGUGCAUGUAUAUAUACUACUAUGACAACACUAUAACAAUAAACUAAAACAAUAUAGUCUCCAUUAUUUUUUCACAUAGUAAGAUUAAUUUGGAGUAUCACAAAAUGACUAUAUAAACAUGCUCAAUGUGAUAAAUGAGUACACAAUAUGCAUCCAUACACAAUAUGUCACUCUCCAAGGGCAUGCACAAACACUAACCAUAACAUAAUUAGUUUCCUAUUUUGAAACAUAUAGAUCACAAACCUGCAUAUUACAAUUAUUAUAGAUCUUCAUCGGUAUCAAUUUCACCCCUCUUUAGUGAAAGUGGGCAUGUAAUGAGGUGAGAUAUUAUCACUAGUUCAAAUUGUAGUGAAAAAUAGUCAUCACUAUUGAACCCUUUUACGACGGUUGUGACCAUCAGAAAAAUAAGAAAAAGCAUUGACCGAGCCCACUAACUUAACUUAUCUGCCACUGUUAUAGAGGGUGUAUCCUUGAGUCAUUGCCAAAGGGGCCACACCGCUCUCGCUACUAUUAGGAUGAGGGUUAGGUGGGAGGAGGCAGAGGGGAAGCGAGAGAGUAAAUAUAGAGAGAGAUAUAAAGAAGAAAGGUGCAUGCAAAACUUAUGAUAAUAAAGGAAUGUGACCAAGAUGAGGUUGAAAGGGAAGGCUAGAGUUUCCUAUUAUAUAUUCUACUAGAGAUGGUGGUCCUACCCGCUUGUAUUUUUUUCUAACAAGUGAGUGCAUGGGUUCAAAAUUUCACCACAUGAAUGCGGAUUUGUCACACCACCCAUUAGCGCAAAAAUACAUAUAUUUCUAUCUAUUAGAGUGAUAUUGUAACUCAUAGGCGCGAGUACCGACGAGUAUUAUAACGACCUGAUGUGCAUACGAUCCCGACAAGGGCAUCUAUGAGCAUAACAUCUUACCCCUCGCAGGUAGUGAAUGGAAGUGCAUGUAUAAAUUUUUACAGAAUAGAUAAUUUGUUGUGGGUGUGUAUUUAGUCCACUCGCACCUUACUUAACAUAUCGCCAUCACUAUACUUAGGCUAUCCUUGAGCCAAGAAUGAAAAAUGGAAUAGACGACCAGAGAGGGGGUGAAUGGAAGCUAAUAAAAAAAUAUUUACACUUAAGCAAUCUUAGCUUAUUUCCGUAAAGUUCAGACCAAACCUCUAAGACACCAAAACUGCACAAAGGUCCGAGAUAAAAAAACAAUUCAACCAAGUGAUGGUUGGAUGCCUUGAAUAAGUUUUCCAGCAAGAAUAUCAAUCUACCGAAACAAGCACCGGAAAGACUGAGAAGAGGCAAAUCAAAGACUUUCUCUAAAUAGCCCAGUAGUGUCGCUCUCCUCGCUGUCAUUGCCAUGGCCUGACAGUGUUGCUCGUUAUCUGACUAGUAGUGUCGCUCACGCUGUGUGGUAGUGUCACUCGACCAAAACUUCCUAAAAUUAGAGGAACCUUUGUAGACAACAACAACGAGAGGAUUGAAGACAAUUCCAAAAUUUGAACUUCAAAAGAUCAACCCUUAGAUAGAUCAGGAAUUACGAACUUGAGUUUGGGUUUUCACAAAAAGCUCAAAAUUAUCGGGGACUUAAUGCUUAAGUUGAUUUGCCAAUACCAGAGGUGGUAAUGGUUUUAGAAAAGAUUUCUCAAGGCCUUAAUCAGCCCAAAUGCCCUAACCUUAUAUUGUAGCUCAUUGGUGCGAGUACGAUCCCCCACGAGUACAUCUUUAGUGCUAGUUUGGAAACUCAAAUCCCCUUGGGGAUUGAAGGGGAUUGGAGAGGAAAUUAGUUUAUUUCCACCUUAACCCCCUCCAAUCCCGAAGGGGAUAUGAGGUUCCCAAAGUAGCCCUCAAGUAUAACAUUCUCGUGGGUGUAAGUGCGAGUAUUAAAUUUUACAUAAGAGGAAAUUUGUUGCGGGUGUGUAUUUAGUCUACCCAUGCACACCUUGCCCAACUUAUUGUCAUCCAUAUACUUCCAGGCUUGCCUUUGAGACAGAUAACAACAGUGUAAAUAUUAUCACCAAUAUUUGUUAUACCAAACUGUUGGUGCAAAUUGUUCUCACCGUUAGGGUGGUAAUGGAUCACGAUCCAAAUGCUUCUUCACAAAUGUUAGGAAUCUAAAUAAAUUUUAGUUAAAAAAUGAAUAGAAAUAAAACCUGAUUCUAAUCUGAUUUGGUCCUUAAAUAAAUUUAAAGCCUAUUGUCACCCCUAAGGACUUGUUUAGGAUCGGAGCAAGAGUAAUGUAGGGGAUUGAGAGAGUUAGUGAUUGCCCCCACAUGAAAGCCGAUCAUCUCAGUCGUCAACUCUUGGCCCUAAAAAUGACACAACACAUUAGAUUAACCGGUACAAAAUUAGAGGAUAGAGAGGUGAGGGAAGUAAAUGCAUGCAAAAUAACCCACGGAGCAAAAGAAGGGACUACAGAAAUAGAGCAGUGUGUACGUUGUUGCACACCAGUGGCUGUGGCUCUAGCCAGGGUCCUCCCACGCUCUCGUCGGCCCUCCACUAGCAUGGCCUCGCAUUUCACGUGCUCCCUCGCGCGCCCCGAGGCGACGCACAAACAAACGAAGGCUACCCGGGCCUCGCGGCUAUAAUAGCAGGCGCCCGCCCACGCGAGAGCGAGAGAGAGAGAGACCGAAGCACCAGCACCACCAGUGCCAUACAUACCAAACGAGGACGGUGAGGAGAGGAGAUGGCCGCCUCCGGGAACAACAGAUUCUCCCUUACGUGCGCUCGCUUGCGCAAGUUCAUGAUGGAGCAGAACAGGAAGGUGCGGAUGGAUGACCUCGUCGGCUCCUCCUCGUUCCAGCGGCCGCUCCAACUGACACCGGUCCCUGUAGCCACGGGGCCGGCGGCGGCGGCGGCCUGGGAGACCGGCACGAGCAGGACGACCUUGCCGCUGUUCCCCGUCCGCACUGCUGGCACCGCCGAGAUCACCAGGCCAGAGGAGGGCAAGGCCACCCUGACCAUCUUCUACCAGGGGCAGGUGUCCACGUUCCACCACUUCCCAGCAGACAGAGCCAAGGUCCUGAUGCAAAUGGCAAGUUCUGUGACCGGGAACACGCCGGAGAAAGGGGUGGCGGUGGCGACCGCCGUGCCAAAGAAGGCGCAGACCAGCGAUGACCAGCCAUCGCCUGCAGGGGCAGGCAUGCCGCCCAUCGCAAGGAAGCUGACGCUGCAGAACUUUCUCAGGAAAAGGAAGAACAGGAUCGCAGGCACCGACGACGCUGACCGCAACGAGGAUGCUUCGCCGUGGAAGAAGAGAGACUCCGCCGCCGGCGCCGGCGGCACCCCCGCGGGAGACGUGCCCGACGAUGCCUCGUGGCUCGCGCUCAGGCUCUGAAACAGUGAAACCCUUCACCGCUUAUUACAUGAGAAUAAUAAUAUGGAAGAGAAGGAUACAUCCUCCGAGAUGAUACAAUAAUAAUAAUGCCGUGUCUGUCCCAGGAUUCUUAGGACCUCCGAAGAAUUCUUAGGCACUGUGUCUGUCGUCGAGAGCCGUAGCUUAUCAAAAAGGGGAAGCAUAUCUUUAGAAAGCUCUCUUUCGAAAAACUUGAGAAGCUGUUCUAAGUGAGCUUACCUACUUGUAGUACAAAAUGUAGUUUUUAUUUGUCAAUUUGAACUUUGAAGAAGCAGAGACCCUACCUGCUGGGGCGGAGCUUUUGGCCUUUCAAUAGCUUUUUGGAGAAGCAGAAGCUUCCCCAAAUAGAGCUUAAUUACAUUACUGUUGGCAGGACUAAUAAUAAUGCGGCGUCAAGCA